AUGGAGACACGGGCCCCGCAGGGCCUCCUGCUUCUCCUGCUCUUCCUCCCGCCGCUGCCGCCCCGCGGGGCCUCUGCGGGGAGCCUGCACAGCCCAGGCCUGUCCGAGUGCUUCCAGGUGAAUGGCGCCGACUACCGCGGCCACCAGAACCGCACGGGUCCGCGCGGGGCCGGCCGCCCGUGCCUCUUCUGGGACCAGACGCAGCAGCACAGCUACAGCAGCGCCAGCGACCCCCAGGGCCGGUGGGGGCUGGGCCCGCACAACUUCUGCCGGAACCCCGACGGUGACGUGCAGCCGUGGUGCUACGUAGCCGAGACAGAGGAGGGCAUCUAUUGGCGCUACUGCGACAUCCCCACGUGUCACAUGCCCGGGUACCUGGGCUGCUUCGUGGAUUCGGGGGCACCCCCGGCCCUCAGCGGCCCCAGCGGGACCUCAACGAAGCUCACGGUCCAGGUGUGCCUUCGCUUCUGCCGCAUGAAGGGCUACCAGCUGGCGGGCGUGGAGGCUGGCUACGCCUGCUUCUGUGGCUCUGAGAGCGACCUGGACCGGGGACGCCCGGCCCCAGCUACCGACUGCGACCAGAUUUGCUUCGGCCACCCGGGCCAGCUGUGCGGCGGCGAUGGGCGUCUGGGCAUCUACGAAGUGUCCGUGGGCUCCUGCCAGGGGAACUGGACGGCUCCGCAGGGCGUCAUCUACUCCCCGGACUUCCCGGACGAGUACGGGCCGGACCGGAACUGCAGCUGGGCGCUGAGCCCGCCGGGCGCCGCGCUGGAGCUCACCUUCCGCCUCUUCGAGCUGGCCGACCCGCGCGACCGGCUGGAGCUGCGGGACGCCGCCUCGGGCAGCCUGCUCCGCGCCUUCGACGGCGCCCGCCCGCCGCCGCCCGGGCCCCUGCGCCUGCGCGCCGCCGCGCUGCUGCUCUCCUUCCGCAGCGACGCGCGCGGCCACGCGCAGGGCUUCGCGCUCACCUACCGCGGGCUGCAGGACGCUGCCGACGACCGCGCGCCCCAGGGCUCGGCCCAGACCCCCGCAGCGUCCCCUGACUGGGCCAACGUGAGCUGCAGCCCCCGGCCUGGGGCUCCGGAGGCCGCGACGGGGGCCCGGGUCUUCUCGACGGUGACGGCCGUCUCAGUGCUGCUGCUGCUGCUGCUGUCGCUGCUGCGCCUGCUGCGCCGACGGAGCUGUCUGCUGGCUCCGGGAAAAGGGCCCCCCGCGUUGGGGCCUUCCCGGGGCCCCGGGAGAAGCUGGGCUGUGUGGUACCGCCGGCCUCGAGGGGUGGCCCUGCCCUGUCCCCCUGGGGACCCUCAGGCUGAGGUUCUAGCCGCGAGUUACCGGCCCCUGAGCGCCUCCAGCCAGAGUUCCCUGCGUUCGCUCAUCUCUGCUCUCUGACUCGGGAUCCCUAGGGUCCACUGGACCCUCUGCCAGUGGAAUGGACAUCUCAGACUCCAUGCCGCACUCUACGUUGACCUUCCGCCCCUGUAAGGACAGCUCGGUCUCUGAUCGUCUCCUGGAGGCCAGACAUUGGACAAGAAGCCUCUGGUGCUAUUACUGAGAACUUGGUCUGACCCUCGAAGGUCCAGAUGGUUGAGGCCAAAGGGCAAGAGGAAUCUGGCUCCCCUCCGUCAUAAACCUUAAUACCGGGGUCUCUGACUUCAGGUUGCUUUUAGAACUUCUUGGGGUGGUUCUGGACUGCUGCCCUAAGUGAAAUGUGAGAGGUCAAGAAAAGUAGUCAAAAGGCCAGCCAUAGAUUCUGAAUAAAGGACCUAUUUUGGUACAGGGCUCUCUGCAAGUUCUUGCGUGACAAGAAGAGUUGUGUUAAUGAGCCAAAGUUGGGUGUAUCCAUACAAAGUAGGGUCGGUCCAAGCCUAGAGUGCUUUGGAGCUGCCGGGAAAGUUUAGGACCGAGGAACGGCGGAGGCGGAAAGA